CGAGCUUUCAUCUGCAACUCUCAGCUUAACCGACCAAACCUUCGAAUACUAUGGCAGAAAAAGAGACUAAAUCGCUGAGGCUGCUCUCCAUCGAUGGAGGCGGUAUCUGCGGCAUGUCCGCGUUGCUUAUCAUUCGCAAGAUGAUGCGACGUAUCGAGGCCGAGGAGCGUCUCUCUUCGACUCCGGCCCCUCACGCGUACUUUGACAUGAUCGGCGGUACUGGCACUGGCGGGAUCAUCGCCCUCAUGCUCGGUCGCCUUCGCAUGUCGGUCGACGAUGCAAUCAAGGAGUACGACGGGUUCAUCAAGGCCGUGUACGUCGACGGGCGGAAGCGUCGGGGCGAGGAGAUGUUCAAGGCGGAGGCGCUCAAGGAGAAAAUGCGCGGGGUUGUCGGUGCCUACUGCGAUGGCAAUAAGGAUGCUCGCAUGGUUGAAGAUGCCGAGUGUAAAGCUGCUCGUGCUACGACGGCUCAUCCUGGGCAUUACAAGCCCAUCACCAUCUCUGAUGGAGUGGUUAACCACGAAUAUGUUGAUGCGGGCAUGGGCUCGAACAAUCCCUGCCGCGUGCUGCUUGAUGAAGCUGCAUCUGUGUACCCAACCCGUAGCCUCGGGGCUGUGGUCAGCAUUGGGACUGGUCGUGCACAGACCAUUGGUGUACCUGUGGAUGGUGUCCGUGGUAGAAAGUUCUUGCCUUCCGACCUGCUUGAUGUCCUCCGUGAUGUUGCUGCAGAUUGUGAGAGGGUGUCAGAGGAGAUGGAGAAGCAUUUCCUCCACUACCCGGAGUUGUACUUCCGGUUCAAUGUGAUGCAUGGCAUGCAGAGUAUAUCAUGGGAUGCAUGGGACAGGCAGAGUGCUGUUGCUGCCCACACUGCACAGUAUAUGCAGAUUGGGGAUGUUGAUUCUCGAGUUGAUUGGUGUUGGGCAAAUUCAGAUGUCCUCGGUGGCUCAUAUGCCUGCCCAGCCAAAGAGUGCUGGCAUGAUCAAGGCUAUCCCUCCUCCUUCAGCCAAUUUCACUGGCAGGAGUGA